AUGGGUGGUUUAUCCAGUCUUGCUCUCAGUUACUUCUACAAGUCGACCCUCAAGGCUGAUCCUGCUCUGCUCUCCUCCAUCUCUUCAAUCUCUGCUCUUCCAUGGACCUGCAAGCCUAUCUACGGCUUCUUGUCUGAUGCCUACCCAUUGCUUGGCUUUCGUCGUCGCCCCUACCUCGCCCUUGGAGGAGCUGCUGCUGCAUUAAGUUGGAUUUACAUGGCGACAUACGUUAAUGAUCCAUGGACGGGAGGUGUCUGCAUGACGUUCGGGUCCGCUGGAAUGGCAGUUGCCAACGUCAUGGCAGAGGCGAUCCUGGUAGAGAGGUCACAGGGGGAGACGCAAGAGUUCGCAUCGCACCUCCAGUCAGUUGUGUGGGGAGCCGCUUCUGUCGGUUCCUUGAUCUCUUCCUUCCUUGGCGGCUACCUGCUGGAAAUCAUGUCAGACCGGCAGGUCUUCCUCCUCUCCGCCGUCUUCCCCCUCACCCUCGUGCCAUUGUCGCUGCUGUCACCCGAGAAACGGAGGGAGUCAGACAAGCUGGAUCCCUCAGACCUGAGCAACAAGGUUAGGGCCUUGUACCUCACGCUGAUGAUGCCGGAGAUCCUUUAUCCUACUCUCUUCAUUUUCAUGCUCAACGCGACGCCGUCGACAGGAAGCGCGUGGUUUUACUUCUACAGUUCGAAGCCUCCUCUCGGUGUAGGGUUCUCCGCUGAGUUUCUCGGGACCAUCAACGUCGUGGGGUCGAUCUUCAACCUAGCGGGAGUGAUCCUCUUUCAGUCCUUCCUAAGGACUCUGCCUUUCCGUCCGCUGCUCCUCUGGGGUACCAUCGUGUCCUCCGUCCUCGGGUUAUCCAACUUGGUCCUCGUCUUCCACGUCAACCGACAGUGGAACAUCCCCGACGAGUGGUUCUGUCUCGGAGAGGGUGCGGUGCAGGCGGUGGUUGGGUGGAUCUCUACCAUGCCCAUCAUCGUCCUCGCGAGUCGACUCUGCCCGGAAGGCAUGGAGGCGACCAUGUACGCGCUCAUCAUGUCCAUCAACAACCUGGGGGGAGUGCUGGGGUCUCAGUUGGGCGCUCUCAUCACCAUGUGGCUCGGCGUCUCUUCUUCCAACCUAGAUCACUUCUGGUUGCUUGUCACCAUAUGCAAUGUGAGCUCGCUGGUGCCGCUGGUCUUCAUAAACUGGAUUCCAGCAGGGGAUCCACAGCUGGUGAGAAAUCGAGGGAUGGAGAGCUUGACAUGA